UGUGUUGCAUCAUGGAAAUAGCAUGGAAUUAACCUUCUUCAGUGUAUGUUUUGUGGGUUCGGCAACACUGCCUAAAACCUAAUAAUGCUAAUAUUGUUUUGAUACCAAAGAACUUAAAAAAGGAGUAUUGAACUUGGUUAAAGUUCUCACAAAUGUAAUAAAAAUAUAAUAAAAUUUCUACUGCACAAUGGGUCAAGGUAAAAGUCAAUUCACAGAAGAUGAACUACAAGAUUACCAAGACCUAACAUACUUUACAAAGAAGGAAGUACUGUAUGCCCAUCAAAAAUUUAAGUCUUUAGCUCCUGAGAAAGUGGGCCAUAACAAAAAUGCAAAGCUGCCAAUGUCUAAGUUAUUGCAGUUUCCAGAGUUAAGUGUUAACCCAUUUGGAGAGAGAAUUUGUAAGGUGUUCAGUUCCAGUCAGGAUGGUGAUUGCACAUUUGAGGAUUUUUUGGACAUGAUGUCUGUCUUCUGUGAAAAUGCUCCAAAACCGGUUAAAGCUGAACAUGCUUUCAGAAUAUUUGGUGAGCAUCAAAAACUGCUGACUAGCUCAUUUACUAGAGACCACCAAAAAAUUAUACAUGGUGUCUGAUAAGUACCACGAGAAACUUAGGGAGAAGGUAGGCUUUGGGCUGACCUCCCAAAUAACAAAAACUUACCUAUAUAUAAGUGUCACCAUUUUUGACAUAUUGUAUUGUUUCUUAAAUUUAAAAAAAACAAACUUUUUCAUCUGUGGUCUUUAGCUGCAUGUACAAAUAAGGUUAUACUUUGUUCAUUUUUGUCUAUAAAAUACUUCUAGAUAGUUGCUUUAUCAUAUACAAAUAUAAUGUAAAAACGAGGAACAUUUGCGAGAACAAAUACAUUAAGUUGCUGCUGAGCUAGCCCAAUUGAAUCUGAGAACUCUAAAAGCAUCUUUUCUUAAGAGAUGCCGAGCUUGUAUUAGAGUAGGAGGUCGCCAAUUUGAGCAUAUUUUGUCAGUAAAUGGAUACAUUUUUUCCACAAACAAUUUGUGCUUUAUUUCAUGCUGACCUGUCCUUUACAAAAAUAAUUCUUUUGUAUUGUUUCUGACUCGAGCCCGAAUUUCAGUAAAUUUCAUAAAAUCAUAUCAGGAACAGGUAAUAAUAAUGAACUAUUUAGCAUGUCACUGAUCAGUAACCAGUGCAACUUGAAUUUAAAUCCAUUAAUUACAUUGUAGUGUGUGUCAGUCACUUACAAAAGCAGCUAUCACUUUUUUCUAUUCCAAAUAGUACGUGUGGUGCCUUUCUGAAAUCUGUAUUCAAUCAGCAAUCUUUUUAUUCAACAUAAUGCAGCUAUAGCCCUGUACAUUUUUAUGUCACCACAGAUCGUCCAAGUUGAGGAAAAAAUAUUAGAACGUUAUAAAUCCCAAAAUAGUAAUUAUUUGAUCAUGGUUCCUUAAUAUCUUCUAACUACAUUGCACUUGUAUAUGAUAUCUAGAAGUUUUAUAGAAAAAAUGAACAAAGUAUAAGCUUCUUUGUACAUGCAGCUAAAGACCACAGAUGAAAAAAAAAAUUCAAUAUUUCAAAAACAGUGACACUUUUAUAUACGUAAGUUUUUGUUAUUUGGGAGGUCAGUUCAAGGCCUACCUUCUCCUUAGGUUUGUCGAGGUACUUAUUGGACACCCUGUAAAUAGAUUGUUUCUCUGCCUUCAACAUCAUGCUAUUAGUUGAAAAUUAAAAUUCACAUAAUUAAAAAGUAGCAAUUGCAUAGCAUUUAAAUUAUACUUUUGGUCAAGUUUUAAAACCACAUAACCUAUUGUGUCAUAUUAUGUAGAGGUUCUUGACCAGCUCCAACUUCUACAUUAUGACAUAACAAUAGUUUUGAUCAUUCGAAAUAACAUUUGCCAAUGUUAUAAUAUUUUUACUAUGAUAUAGAUGUCACCAUGAGCGCUUGCAGAAAUUUUUCCAAGGGGGAUGAUCAUUGCAGGGAGAUAAUUUCUUGUGAACUUGAACAUGUCCCAGAAACAUUUGAAGAAGGUGGUAUCAAAUAUCCCAGAAAUUGUACACACAAAGGAAUCCAAAUAUGUACAUUUUAAGAUUCAGCCACAUUCUCAAGGGGGCCGUGGACUCCCUACGAGCAUCCCUGGUUGUUAUAGUAACUUUUAUGAAUCGCUGAAGACCAGUAGUGAUUUACUGAAAUAGCCACCCUUCACUGAGGAAGAUAGAUUUAAUAAUCACACACAAUCUGAUUGUAAUUAUUUGCUAUUUAUUUGGAUUGUGGAUUAUCUUGGCAAAUAAAUUGUUUGGUAUUUUGGUACUUAUUUCAGAUUUUGAUGGUGAUGAUAUGCUGGGAAUCUCAGAUCUCAAACAAAUUAUAAAUAGACUAACAAACGACAACAAACUGAAUGACUCAGAAAUGAGCAUGUUGAUACAAAACAUAUUAGCAGAAGCAGAUUUAGAUGAUGACAAUGCUUUGUCUUUUGCAGAAUUUGAGCACAUAAUUGAUAGAUCUCCAGACUUUUUAAGGUAAGUUUUUUAUCUAAACUGUUUUUUCCAAACAAGGACACACUGCCAUUUGGACUAUUUUUUAUUCUAGAAAUAAAUGACAAAGCAUUUGAUACCCUUUUGUUUCAGCUCUUUCAGGAUUCGUUUAUAAUUGUGUGGAUAUGUUUCCUUGUGUGAUAUUAUUGAGUUGUCUUGAAAAAAUGAAAUUAUACUAUACCUUAAGUCUGCUUAUAUUUCUAAUAGUAUAUUGUAAUUGAUGUAAUUCCAAACGUGGACAUAGUAUUGAAACAUCUAGUCAGACUCAACUCUUUUAUACAUUUCUCAUUAAAUGUACAAUGAAUCAGGAUACUGUGUUUGAAGUUUGGAUUGUAGACCAAAGUAGAUGUUAUUGAGAUAUAUUCUCUACAUUUUGUGCCCUCUUUUGAUCCAAUAUUACUCAUUUAUCAAAGAUUUUUACCACUAUAAGAUUGCUAAAUAUAUAAAGUAGACUUAUCUAGCCUUACCUGACUCCAUAAUUUUCAACUUUUCAAAAUAGGCUUCUUAAGUUUGAUACAAGUGACUCACGAACCAAUCCAGUUCACAAUACUGGGCCCCACUAAAUAAUUGUGCAUAGAUAAGUUAGUUUCUAUAUUUAUUGAAAGAUAAUUAAGAAACUCAUUAUCAGCAUAGCUUAAAAAUCAAAUUCACUACAGCACAUAUCACUGUGCAUUAGUGCAGAACUAUUAGUUGAAAGUUUCAGUUUUCCCUCUUGAGUUUGGCAUAUUUGCUUUAAACCACAUAGUUUUAAUGAUUUUAUCCUAUCAUGUAUGUCUCUGUUUAAUUUGUGGAGGAUGCUGCAUUUGAUUGUUUUUAUUUGUAUUUGACUGCUUUUUUUCGCUUCCUACC